CAUUAUCAUUGCAAGGUCAAGGUCAGUGCAAAAACUGGAGGCCCGAGCGCUUAUAUUGUUGUUUCACUGGUUACGACAGGCUGUGGCGUGUCGGGCUCUCUCCACCGCUUCCGAGUAUUAACUAAAAUACGCUCUGCGUCCACCGUUUCUGAUAACAGAUUUUUGAGGUCACGACUUGGUCAUGACGUCGACAAUGCACCGAUAUCUCGUGGCAUCCCAACUGGCUCUCUCUUUCUCUCCUCUUGUCUCCAGUUACACUUGGUCCUUUACUACCACACCUCAGCAAUGCGCCACCUUAUCCCUACAAAUAUCUGGCUCUGGCUCUCCUCCAUACAGUGUUCUAGUCAUUCCAUAUGGCCCCACACCUCUCCCAAAUAACACAGAGGUCCGCACCAUCGUCUAUCAACAGUUUGAUGGUAGCUCCACUAGCACCAGCUUCCAACUCAAAUACCCGUCCACAUCCCAGUUCGUCGCCGUGGUCAGCGAUAGCACUGGUUUUGGAUCUGGCGGGACUAGCGUUGCUGGUUAUGUGAUGAGCAGCACCGACAACAGUUGCUUUAACCCAAAUACAACCGUCAUGCCAGAUUUUCCAUUCAACAUAUAUCCCACCAACCAGGUCGUACAAUGCAAUGCAAGUAGAUUGUGGUGGGACCCUACGCAAGUCGAAGGCACUCCAUCCUUUCAAGGUGUCAUCCCUGGUGGACAAUCCUUUUCAAUUCCCGAAGGCUCGAUCACACAGGUAUCUAACGAGGGCACUGGGUUUAGCUGGAUACCCUCUGUCCGCGAAGGCACCACCCUCAUGAUAGUUGCCGGAGACGACCGUGGGCUAGGUACAGGAGGAAGUGGGUUUUAUACCGUCGCACCAGGCAUAUAUCCAAACAGCUCGUGUUUAACCACCACCUCGCCCUCAUCCACUAUCGGUUCUCCCGCAGGUGGUACAUACCCAACUAGCCCCAGCAGUACAGAAACCACUAGUAACACUGGCAGCAGCAGCAGCAAAACCAAUGUCGGCGCAAUAGUUGGCGGCAUUAUCGGUGGCCUUGCUGCACUCGUCAUCCUUGCGCUCGCAGGGUUUUACUUUAUCCGUCGUAAAACCGCCACCAAGGUCACCAAGGAACGUCCCGUCGACCUCUUUCAAGGUGAUCCAGAAGACGAUCAUGAUCUAGCACCUGAUGAACUCGGGAAUUACUACCGUCCCGAACCCUUCCUUGCCACUGAGCCGGCAGAAACAUCUCCUAUGGUUGGACAUGAAGAGGGCAGAGCUGGCACAGCCAUGUCAGGCUCACGUUACGGCACUUCGGACCGUAGACAGUCUACGUUCGGGAGUUUCAGCGAUAUGCGAUCUGCGACGCCUGAUUAUGAAAUGGGUAUCACUGGUGGUACAAUCCCAAGCAGCUCCCGCAAAUCUCCCACGCCAAGACAGCUCCGGACUAUUAACAUCAUUCAGCACGACGACGCAGGCGCCGCAGACGAGCAGGCCGAGGGCCAGCCAGACACCGUCGAGCUUCCCCCUGCAUAUACUAACCUUCGAAAACCAAUCUCAAAUUGAUUUAUUCACUUUAAAAAUGCAUUUACUCACAUUUCUAACGAGUCUUCUCUCUUUCCUUUACACUUUACAUAGGUUGAAAGCCGUCGUUCAUAAUUCUGUGCAUGUCCCUUGUUCUCAUUCACCUGCGUACUUGUCUCCCCGUCAAAAACUAUAUCACCUGCGUUCAUCAUGUCUUAUAUCAGCUUCUGUCGCGAUGUGGCCCAGCGGCUCCACUCGGACUCUCAGGGACUUUAGUAUCGUAGCUUCGUCAUCUUCACGUACGCGGACGUAUGUUGCAAUAUCAUACCAUGUAGUUCCGUUUCCCAUGACCCACUCCUCGGUCGUCUUAGUAUUGUGGAAUCAAAUCUUAUAUAUGC